UUGUGGCCAACCAGCGGGUGUAACAUCGCAACUGAGGAGACAGUGAAGGGAGAAAACAGCCUCCCUCUGUCUGUAGUAACCGUAUCAGCCGCGGAGAACCGGACAGUUGUUACCCCCCGAUACCCGGACACGUCCUCCCGCCUCCCGCAGGAUGAGUGUCGGUGCUCCGAGGGCCCUGGCCAGCUCGGGGCAGAAGCCCAUCACGGAGAUCCUCCACCCGCUGUCCGCAGCCGAGGAGCCGCUCUCCGUCACCGUCGGAGGGGACAAGCAGGAAGUGGGGCUGACCAAUGGCACGCCGGUGGAGACGUCGAGUCCCGCCUCCACGUCCUCGCUCUUCAACCGGCUGCAGCUGGACGACGACCUGGAAGCAGAUGUGCGGGACCCCUACGCAGACAGCACGGAAAUGCGUGACCUUUUCGUCACCGUGGACAACCCAAAGAAGCACAUCUCCACCAUGGAGACCUACAUCACCUACAGAGUCUCCACCAAGACAUCACGGGUGGAGUUUGACCUCCCGGAGUACUGUGUGCGGCGGCGAUACCAAGACUUUGAUUGGCUGAGGAUCAAGCUGGAGGACAGCCAGCCCACCCACCUCAUCCCUCCGCUGCCCGAGAAGUUCGUGAUGAAGGGCGUGGUGGAUCGUUUUUCGGAGGAGUUUGUGGAGACGAGGAUGAAGGCUCUGGACAAGUUCCUGAAGAGAGUUGCCGAUCACCCCGUCCUCUCCUUCAACCCACAUCUAAAUGCUUUCCUGACGGCCAAGGACCUGAACAAGCGUCAGGGUCUCGCCCUGCUGUCCAAGGUGGGCGAGUCGGUGAAGCACGUUGCCGGGGGUUACAAGCUGCGGGCGCGGCCGGCAGAGUUCUGCGCCAUGGGAGAAUAUCUGGACACCUUCAACCAGAAACUGGGAACCAUCGAUCGCAUCGCUCAGAGGAUCCUCAAAGAGCAGUCAGAGUACCUGACGGAGCUGCGUGAGUACGGCAGUGUGUACUCCAGCUGGGUGGGGUCUGAGGAGGAGCUGCGGCGCCCCCUGGAGGGCGUGGCCGGCUGCGUGACCACGAGCUGCGGAGCGCUGGAGGACCUCGGGGACAACAUGAGCCUGGACUUCCUGCCUGUGCUCCGAGAGUACGUCCUCUACCUCGAGUCCAUCAAGAAUGUUUUGAGGAAGCGAGACCAGAGCCAGGCGGAGUACGAGGGCCGACUAGAAGCAGCCAUACUUCGCAAACAGGAGGACAGAACGCCAAUGCCGCUGGAGGUGGAGAAGUGCCAGGACAAAGUGGAGUGUUUCAACGCGGACCUGAAGGCCGACUGGGAGCGCUGGCAGAGCAACAAGAGACACGACUUCAAGCAGCUCCUCACCGGCAUGGCCGACAGAAACAUCAACAGCUAUGAAAAGAGCCAGGCAGCGUGGGAGUCGCUCAUCACUCUCCUCCAGGACAAACAGACUGAGGACAAAACGAGCGAGACGAACUGAACCUCGAGUUUCUCUCCGUGUCACACACUCUCCCACGCCGAGGAGAAGAGGAGCCGCCGGGCUGCAGGGAGAAACUGCCGGACCCUGACCCUGUUCUCCUGGGGGGGGGGCUUCCACACUCGCAGAGGUCUGACCUGGGAGUGAGGUAACAAACGGUACAUUCAAGGACAGCUGGGAAAGAGGAAAGACCUACUAUGUACAGACUAUUUCCUUUUUGUUCUUUUAUUGACUUUUUCUACUUAACUAUUUCCAAUUAACAGUCGGUUGCCAAUGCUUACCUGUGUUUAUUUAACUCGUUGUCUCACUGAGGCAUUCUCUGUCUGUUUCCCCAUUUUCACAUUGAGCCAAAUGUGAAGGAUCACUCUUCAGCGUUGCAGAAAUCAGAUUAAAUGGUAAAACAUGAAGUAUACAGAGCGUCCCCAAGAUUUAUUUUUGAUGUCAGGUUGUAAAAGCUUCACCUUGUGAAAUACUCUCUCAUCUCUUUAAGUUUGGUCUAUAAAUAACAAUCAACAUCCUUUAUUUAAAUGGACACAUGUUAUUUGUAUGCAUGUUUAAGCCCAUCAACUCUUUGUUUUUCAAAGGCAUACAUUUGAUUGUUAUAAUAAAAAUCUAAUUGCAGAGAUUUAUUACAAUCUGGCGCAUCCAA